CGUAUAGAGUCGAGCAUUGCGGUAAUAGUAGUCUCGAAAGUGAGCAGCACUUAUACAAGAACGUACUCACUGAAUAUAUCCGGACAUUCGACGAACGUUAGUGAAUGCUCUAAUAAUUGCUUUCAUUUACGAUGAUCUAUUUAACUCCGGGAUGUUAAUGCGAUUUAACAUGAUGUUCUUUCAGAGUGCAUUGUGAAUUGGUACAAUUUCUUGGAAAAUACGGAUGUGAAUGACCCAAUCGCAACUUCAGAAACGACUAGCGUCCAAUUUCUUCAUCUCCUGUUGAUCGUUGGAUAAAGUUACCUGGAUCAUAAUUGCUGCUCUGUCUUUUCUAAGCUACGGUUUGUAAUAUGCGGAUAGAAAGUUGAGAUUAACUAACGUUAAAAAAAAACGGACUGUAAGUGUCAAUCAUAACAAGUGAUGUGAUUCUCGCUAGACGAGACUCUUUCAUAAGAUUUGCCGCUGGCAACAGGUGCAUUCAGAAGAAGAAGCGCGCGAAAGAAGGCGAAUACGAGGAAGAGAAGGAAGAAGAGGAAGAGAAGGAAAACGCAGAAAUCGGCCGUCGAAAGAGUAGCGCGCGAGCAAGGUCCCUACGGCGAUAAGGCGAGGCCCGGGUGUCAGUGGAGGGAACGUAUGUAUCGCGCGGGGCCGGUCGCGCGGACCGGGCCCGCCGCCGCCACUGCCACUCGUGAAAGAUCGCGCGCUGACCCAGAUUUCGGCGGGUCAAACCGACGCGAGGAGGCUGCGGCGGACUUUCUGAAAUGGGACACGGCACAGCCUGGAGCUAAAUUAGCCGCGAUGUCCAAUAAGAGUAAGUCCCAGUCGCAGCAGCAGCAGCAGCCGCAGCCGCAGCAUUAUCAGCAGCAACAGCAGCAGCAGCAGCAGCAUUCUCCGCACGUGAUCAAGCCAGUGGACCAACUGCCGCCGCGCUAUCAGCCCCCGCCGCAACCUACCAGCGGCAUCCUGAAGAACCAUCUACACUUCACCAACGGAGGUACAUCGGCUCAGACUGGCAGUAAUCAAGGUCCGGGCGCGGCCUUGAACCAUCAUCAGACCACGCAGCCGCGCACGUUGCCGCCACCUCCGCCGUCUUCGCAGCAGCAUCAAUCGCAGCAGCCAAUUCAAUUGCAGCAGCAAUCGCAGCAGCAACCACCAUCGAAGGAUGCGCAGAGCAAGUACUCGCCGAGGAUAGAGCAUCAUCAUCAUCAUCAUCCCCAACCGGGUAAUCCGCUGAUCGCUGCCGCGUCGGCGGCAGCGUCUAAGAGUCAACAACAACCACAGUCAUCUACCUACCUCCAACAGCCUAAACUCGCCCAAGGUCAGUACUUGCCACCCAGCAGUCAGUAUCCGGCGGUGAACAACGGACAAAGUGCGCCGGUCAGGCAGAGGAUCAGCGACGACGAAUUUCUGCGACUCGGCCCCGUGGAGAUGCUUAAGUUCGUGCGGAAGACUGAGAGUGAUAUAGCUAGGCUUGCCGCCGAGCAGAAUCGCCAGAUACAGAACUUGCUGAAUGAGCUGCGGUUGCUGAAAGAAGCCAACCAAAGACUGAACGACGAUAACCAGGAAUUGCGCGAUCUUUGCUGCUUUUUGGACGAUGACCGUCAAAAAGGUCGCAAGCUGGCGAGAGAGUGGCAGAGGUUUGGCCGAUAUACAGUGAGCGUUAUGCGACAGGAAGUCUCGGCUUACCAGAAUAAGUUACGUCAACUGGACAAUAAACAGCAAGAAUUAAUUAAAGACAAUCUGGAGCUCAAGGAGCUGUGCCUAUAUCUCGAUGAAGAACGUGGUGGUGGUCAAAGGGACGACGGCGACGGGUCGAGUUCGAGCACGAAUGCCGAAGAGACUGCGCCGCCGAGGCCGAGGCACACUUCCACAUUUAACGACCAAACAAUGCAAUACGUAAGGAGCUUAGAGCAACGGGUGAAGCAAUUGGAAGAAGACAAGAGUUUUCUCCAGGCCAGAGCGCAAGGUUGGGAAGUGCUACCAUCGGGUGAAGUUUGGGAUAGUUCCGCGAGCCCGAACGACAAUACUCACUUAGGAAGCCGACCAGAGGCUGUAGUGCGUGCUCUCCAAGUUCUCGAGGUCAGAGAACAACUGGAAAGAGAAGAAGGUCAUGAUGGUGAAAAGGCGUUAGUUAGAGAAAUGUGCAAUGUCGUCUGGCGGAAAUUGGAAGAAGGUCCGCAAGCAAGGCAUUAAUGAUUGUGCCGGAAGAACAAUUAUGGAUUAAUUUUAGAGCGCUGUUAAUCUGUAACAAUAAGCUCUAACA